AUGGAUCCUUUGGACCCCAAGCGUAAGAGAGCAUACGUGAAGCCCGGCCAACCAGCCGACUCGACAUCAAACCAAAUAUCCUUGGAUUUAAGGGGCACAUCUGGCAUUGAUAUUGAUUUGAGACGUGUCGAUAUAGAUCAAUGUCCCCAGCGCAAUAUACCAGGAUCAACGAAACCGCUUAACAUAUUUGCGGGGACUGACAAAUGCAAACAACGCACCACAAUGUGUGAUGCCAUACAAGGUUUGGGCUUUCGUCGGGGUUCAUACAAAUGUGUAUGCCGCAAAGGUUAUUAUUUUCCGGAUACUACAAGUCAACAUAAAUAUUUUAAUGGCAGCCUUCUGGAGGAAGAAUACGAAAAGUUAAUGUUGGGUAAAAAUUCAACCUACAAUAUUGUCAACGAAUAUGAGUGCUUGCCCUGUGCCGAGGGCUGUGAUUAUUGUGAGGAUAGUUCGCCCUGUAUAGCCGCUUUAAACUGGCCAAUGCGUACGAGUAUCUUGGCAUUGGCUUGUGUUGUUAUUGGUUUAUUACCACCAGCUGCCUGGUUUACAUUUCGCUAUCAACAAGUCAAGGUUGUACGUGCUGCCAGUCCAGCACUGUUACGUGUCAUUGCAUUGGGUGCGUUUUUCAUUUAUUGCACGAACAUUGUUAUGUAUCCGAAUCCGAAUUUAUAUACGUGUACAGCACGUAUAUGGCUGAGAGAAAUUGGAUUUUCCUUAACAUAUGGAGCAUUAAUGCUGAAAACAUGGCGGAUAUCGGUAAUAUUUCGUGUACGUUCAGCAAAAGCUGUUAAAAUAACAGAUGCUGCAUUACUUAAACGUCUGGGUUGUAUUUGUGGCGCCAUUGGCACUUGUUUAUUGGUGCGCACAUUGGUAUCACCGCCUGAUGUGGUCGUCGGACGUACAGCAGAUGAUUUGAAGGCAUUUUUAUGUAAAACCGACUGGUGGGAUUACACAUUUACAUCAAUGGAAGUUGUAUUUUUGGCUUGGGGUGUACGUCUGUGUAUAAUGGUGCGCAAGGCUCCCUCAGAAUUCAAUGAAAGUCGUUUCAUUUCGAUGGCCAUUUACAAUGAGUUUCUGCUGACGUGCUUCCUAAAUGUUUCUAUGCUUUUCCUACAAUCUCCAGCUAAUCCCGAUUUAUUGUACAUAAUAUUUUUCUGCCAUACCCAAUUAACAAUAACAUUAUUGUUGGCUUUAAUAUUUGGCAGUAAGGUUUAUAUUGUUUUGCGUAGUGGUAAAUCGCAUCAGGAAAACAUUGGCAUGGGUGCCAAGUCUUCGGGUGCCAAAUUUAAUUUUCGUCCUCAAGUGCGCACUUUCGCUAAUCCCAGUUCCGUAACAACGUCAACCGUACCUGUGGCAGCCACUACAUCUGCGGAAAACAAACUAUCUGACCAAGAAGCUUUGGAGGAAGUACGACAAUUGAGUAUGCAAUUGCAACGUAUACAGGAAAUGGCUCCACCCAAGGGUGUUGCUGUGAUGACAAUUUCCAGUCUAUUGGAUGGCUUAAAAACUCCCAGUAGCAUGGUAAUGGUAGCAGCUGCAGCUGCAGCCGCACAGGGAGCAGGCAGAAGUAGUCUAGGUGGAAAUCAAUUAACUGUACGUCCACAAAAGCCGGAAGCACUACCACUGCUAUCCUUGAAUACAGAAAUGCAAAAAUAUCAACAGCAACAACAACUACAAGUGCCACAUAAAACGAUGAAAACGACGACGACAACGACAACAAAUAACAAUGUUGCAGCAAUGAAAACAAUACCAGCCAUAACAUUGCCGUCCACCCAGGUUACAGUUACAACAUCAACACCAACGCCCACGAAAGUUACCAGCGCCACUGGACGAUGGGAGGAGAAGGCUGUAAAUACGGAAAUAGUUGGCAACUGCAUAGCGGAACAAGAGCUUAUAAAACAGCAGCAGCAACAACAAGAACAUAUCAUAUGCCGACGUUGCUAUGAGAAAUGUAGAGAUCAAUUGCAUCACACUGACUCUCCCGCCAAACUCAAUAAAUGCGAAAUAUUGGGUUCGCCCCAACAAGAGGGCAGUAUUAGUUUUAAAAAUAUUAAAUUAGAUUGUAUGUGCUCCCAAUCGGAUGAUCUGGAUCAGCUAACGGAGCAGGAGCAACAACAGCAACAGCAAACAAUAAGAAGAAUAACAAAACGUACCGCAGCUACCAAUACACCACCCAGUACAACACGCAAACGAACAGGACAAACGGCAGCGGCGAAGCCAACAUUGCAUCAUAGCCAAGAUGCUAAGGCUUGGAGUUCUGUUAGUUUACCCGGUGAUGAGAGUCACUGUAGAGCCGCAAGCAAACCCCUUAGCCAUAUGGGACAACACCAGCAACAGCAACAACAAAUUUGUGAUAAUUGUAAAAAUAAAUUUAAAAGAAAAGAAGCUUUGGGAAAAGCAACAGCAGCUGGUAGAAAACAACAGCUGCAGCAGCAACAGCAACAUAGAAAAUUAAGUAGAUUAAGCAGUAAAUGUAAUAAAUUAAUAGCAGAUAUUGAAAAUUCCAAAGGAGCAGCAGCAACUCCUAAAUCAUUGCUAUCAUGCAAGCCUGCAACAAAUGCAACGACUUCAGAUAAAACUUCCACAAAACAAAAACAACAGCAACAAACACAUGACUGUGAUGAAGAAACUCAAUAUUCCACCGAUGACAUAAUUUUUUACACAACCACUGAUACCAGUGACAAUGAUGAUGAUGAUGACGACGACGAAGAUGAGGAUGACGACGAUGAGACUGAAGAUGAUGAAAAUGCCAAUGCCAUCAGAGAUGAUGACUUAUCAUCCAGUUUAUCGCACAGUAAAAGUGAAACCCGGGUGCCGCUAAAGCCCCACCACACAGCCACCAUAGAACUUAAGUGCAUAUCAUUAUCAUUGGGCAACAUAACAACGACCAGUGCGGCAACAACAACAUCAUCCACUUCCUCCACAUCACAGCCGGAAUCAAUAAAAUCCAAAAAUGCCUUAUUAGAACCAAACACCACCAGCACCACCACGAUACAGUUGACAACGACAGCGCUACCAUCAGCAUCCUCGACUCAGUCGCCGCAACAUUCAUCACAACCACCACCACAACCAUCACAACAGCCAACAAAUGGUUCCAAUGGCAGCAGCAAUGGCAAAGCCAAACGUCCUGACAAACUGGUUUUAAAUUUAAAUGAUCGUUCCAAAUUUACCAAAGAAGUAUCCGUCUGA